AUGGAUUCUUUCCAAGCACAUAUAGUAUCUUCUGUUAAAAAAUAUAUUUCAGAAAAAAAUACUAACCUUGUUGUUGUUCCUGGAGGCUUAACGCCAAAAGUUCAACCUCUUGACGUUAGAAAGUUUUAUAAUGAUUGGAUAUCUCAAGAAAUAAAAAAAUUAAUUCCAACUGGCAAAAUUCAACGUCCAGCAUAUAAUGAUUCUGUUGAUAUACAGCUUAUUCAAUGUUCUUUUAAAUGCUGCAAUGUAUCAACUAUGAUGGAUGGAUUAGAAGAAGAUAUGAUCUUUGAUUAUAAUAGCUUAGAAGCUUUUGAAGAGUCUAACUCCAUAAUUCAACAAAAUCAAGUAUCCUUUGUGAUAUUUGAUGAGAAUCAAGAAUAUAACGAGUUUGAAUCAUAUUAUAUUUCACAAGAAGCAGGCAAUUAUAUAAACUAG